AUGUUAAAAAUUGGUAUGUUGUAAUAAUUUAUUAUAAAUUUAUUUUCAUUACAUUUUGAGAUAUGUACAUAUAUAUUAUUUAAAAGAAAUAUUAAUUGUGAGAAAUACAAUUUAUAAUAUUUAAUUUAUAAUAUUAUAAAAUUAUUUUAAACAAGUUUUAUAUAAAAUAACUAAAAAUAUAUCAAAUAACUAAAAAUAUAUCAAGUACCUUUAUAAUAUUAAAUUUGGAUAUAUAAUUUUAAGCAUUACAACUUUCUUUUAAUUAAAAAUUGCAGAUUAUAUGUUCGUCACUUUUUAACGAAUAAUAAACGAAAUGAUCCAAUCAGCUGAUACGUAUAUAUGUAUUAUGUCUAUUUAUUGUAUACUUAGGUAUAGUUUUUCCAGAUAUUUUUCCAAGAGUUAACCUCAAACUUUACAGAAUAUGAAAACACACUGAUCCAUUUAAAAUCAGUUAUGUAUAUAAAUACACAUAGAGUAUGUUUUUAAGAAACUAAAGAAUGACGGAAGAGUGAUAGAAGAAAUCAGAUUAAAUGAAAAUUAGUAUAAAAAAAUUCUUUACGUAUUUGUUUAAUAUUAAUAAACUGUAACAUAUAUAACGUCACGUAUUAGUCACGUUUUCUUCUAAUCAUUCUUGUUACAAUUAAAAAAUUAAAAAAUUUAAUCUUUUCUUAUGACCAAAAUAGAAGUUGCAGAAAUGAAUGAUUAUGAUGAUGUUAAUUUACUCGCACAACAAAUUAAAGAAACAAAUAAACUUUCGGACGAGGAUAGACGGGUGAUAUAUUUAGUAAUAAUUAUAUAUAUUAAAUAAGAGUUAUUACAUAAGAUUUUUUUCUAUUGUAGCAUUUAAAAACUUUAAGUGUAAAAUUAAAAAAUUCUCCAUUACCACAACAUGAAAUUGAAACACGUGCUGGAUCUCGUCCUCCAACACGUGAGGAAACAAAAAAAUUUGAAGAAAUAACACCUAUUAAAAAAGGAUGUUAUAACUCAUCAGAGGAUGAAAUAAUUGCCCAUAAUUGGAAAGAAUUUUGUAUGUUACAUAACUGGAAUCCUAUAAAAGUUGAACCAUUUUUACUUUUGAGAGAAGGAAAUGAAACAUAUAUUCGUGGCAAGAAGCAAAGAAAAAGAUUUGUUCAGUUUUUAGCAGAUGGUUUGCCAAACAGGACUUUGUACAGUGUGUAUCAUAGGUUUAGAAAUUUGUAUGCAGAGCGUUUCCAAAGGAGGUUUCAUCCAGACGAAGAUAGAAUGAUCUUGGAUCAUCUAGAGCAUAAUGCGAAUCUUGAUCAAAAGCGGAAAUAUGCAGACUUAGCGAAGGUUUUAAAACGAACUCGAAUUUCUAUUUGGCGUCGUUAUAAAUUACUCAAGAAAAAACGCCUGGAAAAGUAAAAAUUAUAUUAGCUUUUCAUAAUGAUUGUAUGUUGCCUAAGCGAAUAUCAGAUGUGUUUGAAAACAGUUUCAUGCUACUUAUUUUAAUACCAUGAAUGUUCGAAUGAUAUCAAAUACAUUUUUUCAUUCUAAUGUUUCUAAUUUAGCAAUAUUUAAAGAACGAAAUUGGCAUGGACAUGAUAGUCUUCAGAAUUUAUAUAUUGCUUUGAAAAUUUUAUUUAUUUUUUAUAUUUCCAUAUUUAAAUUCAUUUAAACAUCAUACUUCGUUGAUACACACUUAGUUAUAUAUCAAUAUUAUGAAAGAAUUAUGCAAUAAUCAAAACAAAAUUCUUUUAAAUUUAAUGGAAUUACUUUAAAGUUAUACCAUAUUAUAAUAAAUUAUUAUAAUUAACAUGAAUAUUUAAAUUAAUUUUGAAUACUAUUAGGAAAAAAUAUUUCGUAUAUUAAUAUAAACAAAGAAGUGAAAUUAUUAGUUGUAAUAUUUUUACUUAUAAUGCAACAUAAUAGACUUAUUAAAAGAAAUGAAUAAUCUGAAAUUUGAAUUAUUUAUGUGUCUUUAUGGCACAAUAUGUUAUUAUUUGUAUGUGUGAUAAUUAUGAGUUUUAUAAAUACAAAAUAAAUUUUAAAAAACCUCGAUAACUACUGUAUGAUUGACUGAUAACAAUUAAUUUUACAUAAAUUAUAUGGUUUACAAUACAAUACAUAUAUAAAGAUUUAUAAUGUAUAUGUAAUGUAUAAAAAAUUGAUUGCAUUCAAUAAAAAUAAUAGUUGUAUUUAUUAAAAUUUUAUAUUAUUAUUAUCAUAAAAUUAAUAUGAACAGUAAUAUAAUAUUAAUUUUUCUAAUUAAACAUAAUACAGAUUGCAUACUGUGACUAAUUUAUAUUAGAAAUUUCCAAUUUUUACUUAUUUUAAUUUUCAAUUGUAAAUACUAUUGAUUUAUACAGUUUAUACAUAUUUGAUAUUUUCAUGAAAAACAAAAUAAAAUCUACGAUUCAUUUAGUGGUAUAUGUUUGCUUUUUAAAUACAAACAAUAAAAUGUUUAAAAUAAUAUAAGUAUAUAAUACACACGUGAGUAUACAAAAAGGAAUAGAUUUAAUUUUUUCGUACAAAAUUAUAAUACUGCCAAUAUCAGUGCAAUUAAUUCAAUUUUUUAAAGAAGAAAAGUAAAUAAUAUAAAGUAUAAAAUGUCAUAUAAUAUCUUAUAAAACUUUUUUGCAGUUGCAUAUAAAAAUAUUUAUAAUUAUAUUUAAAUUUGUACAUAGAGCGUUCCAAAAUCAUAUUACAAAAUUAUUAUUAUCUACGUUUUUUGUUUUUAAGAAUCAAAAAUUCUGAAUUGAAAUCAUUAAAAAAAUAUAUAAACUAAAUAAAUUUAUUAAUUUAGAACUGUUAA